UUGAUACAUACAGUAGCAAAUAGCAAGAAAAAUUAACAGAAACACAGAUGGAGAGGAAAUUGGCUAGCAUUCGACCUUUUCCAGCCGAAUGGAAACUGUACUACAUUGUGUUUAUUUUAUGUGUAGAUUGGAUUUUGUGUGGUGGAUUGCCUAAUUCCCGUUCAAGUAUUACGUACAUUGAAGAAGGUGCUUGUGAGAAGGGAUGCAGUUGCCAUAGUCUGAAACCCAGCAAUACAGCACAAGCCGGCGUAUUUUUUGUGAACUGCGCCCGUACAAGUUCGGAAAAUACGCCUUUUAUGAAGUAUGACCUAUCUGGUUCACCUAAAAUUCCUAGAAACAAAACCUUUAUACCAACAAUACCAAUAAAUACUACCCAUUUACUGGUGACUGGUUACAACCUUCAAACACUGAAUGUAAAUUCAUUUAGCCAUACCAAAUUUAAGGAACCAUUGAUAAACCUAGUAUCACGCUUCGCAUAUGCUGCAGGUUUAGUAACAAAUAAACAAAAAUUAUUACAUCCUGAAAAUUUUACAACAAACAUCACACAACUAAACACCAAGAUGUUCCCCUUUCUAUACCAGCUCAUAAGUAUCUCAGUGGCCAACAACCAUAUUUACAAUGUGGAAAAAGGUUCUUUUCUUGAAGUAAAUCAGGUGAAGCUACUCAAUAUGUCCUACAAUUUCUUAGAGCAAAUUGAUUCUGGUGUACUUUAUGAAGUUCAAAACCUUGAAAUUCUGGAUGUUUCUCAUAACAAACUGGAAUCUUUACCUUGGAAGACUAUGUCACAAAUGUCAUCAUUGAAAAGGCUUGGUUUAAAAGGCAACUUCUGGAAUUGCUCUUGUGAAAUGAAAGACAUACUUAAAUUAGAUAACUCAUUACUGAUUGGGACUCAAGCUAUGUGUCAUUUUCCUGUGAGGCUAAAAGGAACUUUGUUGGAAGAAUUGAACUUCAAUUCAUUCUUACAUUGCUUUGCUACUGAACAGAGAUACCAGAACAUCACAAAAGAUGCACACCUUAAUAUACCGGUAUUGAUGAUUACCAUGGCCAUUAUCAUAGCUAGUUUUUCGACACUUUAUGGACACAAGCAAUUUCAAUUUAGACAUUCUGAAAGGCUUGAUGUAUCUAAUACAGCAUCCUCAAUAAAGUAUGUCGGAAAUAUUUGGUUCAAUAGCAAUGAUGCCCUUGAUCAGUUUGGAACGGUUUUUAAAGGAGGGUUAACAGAUGGCAGAGAAGCAGCCAUUAAGAGGCAUCCCAAGAUGAAGCCCUGCAAGGAAUUGAAGUGUAAGAAAUGUAAUGAAUUGGAUUUUUUUCUUCAUUUGGCUAAAGCUCAACAGCACCCAAAUGUUAUUCAGUAUCUAUGGAAUGACACUGAUAAUGACUUUACAUACCUUGCCCUUGACCUUUGUGCUGGAGACUUAAUGACUGCGGUUAUGGAACGUGUUGAUGGAUUUGAUAUUGUGGAUCCACAGAAUUUCUUCUUACAGCUAGCCUCAGGACUUACUUUCCUUCAUGAAAAUCAUAUUGAGCAUCGUGAUAUCAAGCCUCAAAACAUUCUUUGGAAAAGAACAGUUAAUGGUGUUGUACCUAUUUUUUCUGAUUUUGAUUUGAGUCAUCUAAACGAGAGAAAAUCAUCAAGUCAUGCAAUGCGUGGAACGAAAGGCUGGAGUGCUCCUGAAUUAUGGUGCAAAGAAACACGAUCAACUGCUGUAGAUAUUUUUUCGCUUGGUUGCGUAUACUAUUUCAUUCUUACCAGAGGACAUCCUUUUGGACCAAUAACAGAUUUAGAAGAGUGUCAUGUGAAUAUAAUUUCCACCAGCUACAAGGCCACAUUUCCUGAACUGCAUGAACUUGAGAAUGAAAAAACUGCUUGUAUGGCAGAAAAUCUUGUUGAAAAGAUGAUUUGUACCAAUUCUGGUGAUCGGAUAGAAGCAUGCAGAAUUAAAGAACAUCCUUUAUUUUGGAAUAAUUUGGAAAUGAAAGGUUUUCUUAAAAAGAUUGGUAAUUAUACCAAGGAUCAAGAUGAUCCAGAUGUAGCUCAUUUUAAAAUGAUGCUGGAAGAGGGUGCGAGCACAGUUUUUGAGGGAAGUUGGUUGGAUAAACUGCACUCAGCAGCAGUUAGAAGCGAUUUGAAAAGUUAUGAAAAGGAAAACCAAGAUCAAACAAUAUGCGGUCUUCUUCUUGCAAUUAGAAAUAAAAUUGAACAUUUUAGCCAGAUAAGAAAUUUGGAGGUAAGGCAAAUUUAUUUGGGUAGUGAAGAUGGGGUUGUAGAAUAUUACACAAGACUUUUCCCAAGGCUUAUUCCAUAUACAUAUAAUGUUCUGAAACAGAGCAAUCUGAUUUGAAUAAUAGUAUUAAUAUUUGUGUAAAACAUUCAUACUGAAUUAGUGAAUAGAUCAAAUGUAAAUUACUUCGUAGCAUAAUGUUUGUAAGCUGGAAAGCUAGAAAACUCGUCAUUAACAAAUGGUUUAUUUACAUAACCCUGACAAUUCUUUAAAUAGUAUUAAAGUCCAGGGGCCAGUUGUAUCAAGCCCGUUUAGCUUAACACGCCGGAGUUAACGCCAG